GUUCUGCAACCCACCCCACCCCGUUCCGUUUUCCAAUCCAGUCAUCAUCCUUGAACCCACCUUCAUCCAAACCCAGAAAACCUUCGAAGCCUUGAGAUGGUCCCCUCUUCUCUAUCCGUGAGACCCACCGGAAGAGGACACCCGUGGCAGAUCAAAGUCUACACCCGUGGCAGAUCAAAGUCUGCCCCAAUCCGACGUGGCCAGCCGCAAUUCCUCCUUUCCCUUUUAUAUCCAGACACAAGGGAGGCCAAUUUUUUAGCGCACAACAACAGAGGGAAUAAAAUAAAAAGAUUGGCUGGAGGAGGAGGUGUCGGACGGAGAGGGAGGGGAACGGAUGGGAACGGAUGAUAAGGGAGGGGGAGUGAGGUGAGGUUGUCUCCUUUCUCCUGUUUGCUGUGCAGAGGAUUACUGGGAAAAUUUCUUUCUCAAGUUCUUGCUUUUCAAUUCGGGUCUCUAGGUAUGAUUGCUUCUCUCCGAUUACCUAUGUAAUUUAGUCAUGAAUUGAAAUCAAAACUUGCAAAAUUUGCCUAUUUUCAUGUUUAGAUGUCCGUGGCUGUUAAUAUUUUUGAACAAUCUUUGUAUGAUCCGUUGGCUGUUUUUCUCUUUUAUUUACAUGUGUGGAUGAACUAAAAAUUUGAGGAGAGU